CUGCGUUGUUUGGGGACAGUCCGAAGAUGGCGACGGCCCAGCUGUAUUGCGUCUGCCGGCAGCCGUACGAUGUGAGCCGGUUUAUGAUAGAAUGCGACAUUUGUAAGGACUGGUUUCACGGCAGGUUGCUAACUAGUUGCAAGAUAAGCAGCCAACUAAGAUGGGUUGUGAAUGCUUUUGCAUGUUGACUUUCAGUUUUGGUCAGCAAGGAGGCCACAGGCUCACACUAUGGUACAUAGUGGGAUUCUGGGAGUGUAAUGAGAUCUACAGCAUGCAUUCUGUGAAUUCUGCCUGUGAACUUGCCGUCACCAUGGAGACACCUUUUUAUCUGCUUUCAGUCUAGUUGUGUUGAGGUAGAAGAGCACCAUGCCGUGGACAUUGAUGUUUACCACUGUCCAAACUGUGAUGUCCUCCACGGACCCUCACUGAUGAAGAGGCGAAACAACUGGCACAGACAUGAUUAUACAGAGCCAGAUGACGGCAGCAAGCCAGUGCAAGCUGGCACUUCAGUGUUUGUGCAGGAGCUGCAGGCCAGGACCUUUCCCAGUGGGGAUGAAAUCUUGGAGCAAAUGCAAGGCAGUCAGGUCACCCAGCGGUAUUUUGAGAGGCACGGCUUCCGCUAUCCCAUUGCUGUGCCCAAAAUGGAAGGGCUCGGACUCCGGUUGCCUCCACCGGAUUUCUCCGUCAAGGAUGUAGAGCGCUAUGUUGGAGGCGACAAAGUGAUUGACGUCAUCGAUGUGGCCCGGCAAGCAGACAGCAAGAUAAAACUGAGCACAUUUGUGAAGUAUUUCUACAGCCCAAAGCGGUCAAAAGUGCUAAACGUCAUCAGCCUGGAGUUUUCAGACACCAAGAUGUCAGAGCUGGUGGUGGUGCCCGAUAUUGCCCAGAAGAUGUCUUGGGUGGAGAACUACUGGCCUGAUGACUCUUACUUUCCCAAACCCUUUGUGCAGAAGUACUGUUUAAUGGGCGUUAAAGACAGCUACACUGACUUCCAUAUUGAUUUUGGGGGCACGUCUGUGUGGUACCAUGUACUAUGGGGAGAGAAGAUUUUUUACUUAAUAAAGCCGACCCCAGACAACCUUGCACUAUAUGAGGAGUGGAGCUCAUCCCCCAGCCAGAGCGAAGUGUUCUUCGGGAAGAAAGUGGACAAGUGCUACAAGUGUGUUGUGCGGCAGGGAACAACACUUCUUAUCCCCACAGGAUGGAUCCAUGCAGUUCUCACCUCUCAGGAUUGCAUGGCUUUUGGAGGGAACUUCCUCCACAACCUCAACAUAGGCAUGCAGCUCAGGUGCUAUGAGAUGGAGCGACGUCUUAAGACUCCAGACCUCUUUAAGUUUCCUUAUUUUGAGGCCAUUUGCUGGUAUGUUGCCAAGAAUCUACUGGAGACACUCAAAGAAUCUCGAGAAGAGAACUGCCUGCCUCCAGAUUACCUGAUCAAGGGAGUGAAAGCUUUGAUUACUGCACUGAGGAACUGGUUAAAGAGAGAGGUCACAGAGCCAGCCAGCGAGGUCCCUGACCAUAUCAGACCCAAUCAUCUCAUUAAAAUGCUCACAAAGGAAAUCCACUACCUUGAGGAGUAUCAGAAUGGGAAUUGUGGAAGCAAGCCAAUGAAAUCUCAGGAAAGAUUAUCAUGCCCAUCAACAAGGUCAUCGCAUGAAAGAGGGUCUCAUGCACGCAGGAACGCCAGACGUCUUCGUGACCACCACCACCACCACCAUCAUCAUCACUCUCAUGGCCCCAAAGUCCCCUCCAACCUAGACAUCUUUGAGCAGCACACUCAAGAAGUCUUAAAACGACUGGAGAUGGGUCCUUACGAGGAGGAUGCGACCUUUAACCUAAAUGUCAACGGCAAGUUCAACAAGGUUUCCACAGCAUCGGCUGCAAUGGCAGAGCAGAGUUUGGGCUGUGACCUGCGUCUCGUGCUAUGCAAUGGGCGAAUUAUCAGAGAUGACAGGCAGCAUCUUGGAGAAAAGCGAAUGAGGAUUAAGGAAGAAGAGGGUUCCAGAGAUCUGAAGAGGGAUUCACUCAAGAUUAAGAUUGUAGCAAAAGAAGAGGAACAGGAAAUGGAUAUUCAGAUGAAAGAGGUGGUGCAAGAUGAGCACAGUCAUGUCGCCAGAGAAGUGAAGCCCCUGUCCUUCAUAGAUCUUAGUAAAAGAGAUCUCAGCAACAGAGAAUCAGAACAAUCAGAGGUCUCAUCAGACUCUGAAUCAGAGGAGGAGUACAAUUCACGGAAAAAGAACUGCUCCGAGGAGGAAUCGGAAAGCUCGUCUGAGGAAGAAGAAGAUGAAAAGUCAAUGAGGCGGAAUGGAGACAACCGAAGUGAGACCAGAUGUAGCUCCAGCUACACGACAGACAUGCAUCACUCCAGACAACGACUGGAUGAUUUUGAGAAGUGUCUUAAAAGUGAUCCCUCUGCCUCACCAAGCACAGAAGAGGAUGCCAUCCAGGGAAUGCUUUCUAUGGCAGGUCUGCUGUAUUCUCACCAAUCAAAGGAUCCCACCAGUUCACAAGAAUUCUGGUGGUCCAGAACCAACCGUCCCUUCUCUGACUACAAUAGAAAGGAGAUUGUAACAGGAGAUGAGAACCAGGAUUCAGACAGCAGCUCUUCCAUGAGCAAUCAGGAUGAGUUAAGGGAGCUUAAGCAUUCAGGAGAAGGAGGUUGUCAUGCCAAACUCAAGCAUAGGAUCCAGGAACACAAGAACUUCAUGGACAGUCAGGACAGUGGCAGCAACAGCAGCAGUGAAGCUUGGAGCAGUCGCACACACUCCCCAACCAACGAUGAAGACAGCCCCACAAUGCGCUACCAAUACUGUGAGACAUCUCUAUCGCCACCCCUACAUCCCUCAAAGAGGACUGCCUCAAAUCCCCCACCAAUCAGCAAUCAGGCUACCAAAGGUAAACGUCCUAAGAAAGGCAUGGCCACAGCUAAGCAGCGAUUGGGCAAGAUUCUCAAACUAAGCAGACACAACCCCUUCUUCUUGUAGAUCUGAUGAUAUCAGCAGCUCAUUCAGAAGAUUUGGGAUGCUGAGAGUGCAUGCUAGUGUUCGUGUAUUCACACAAACACUCACGGAGAGUGUGUUUUUAUGGUGACUGGUAUAAAGUGUGCAUGGUUCUACACACUGGGUCAAAAGCAUGGAAUUGGAUACCAGUCAACCCGAAAAAUUUGGUUCUUCACUGCUAAGAAGCUCGAGAACAACAUAAAAUGCACUUCAACUAACAUGGAUAUGGAUUACUAUAUUUCUGUUUGUAUGUGUCCAAAGAAACAAGUCACCUGAAAUUAAAUAGGACAACAAGGAAAUAAAACCAUGUUUUGUUCUCAGAUAUGCUAUCCAAAAUCUAAUUUGCGCUACAAAAGCGAAGACUAGCAUGAUGCUAGGAUUCUUCUGCUUUUUUACAUUGAAAUCUCCAUGACUUAAAUAUAAGGUGGCAAUUACACGAUGAAAUGAUUUCAUAAAGGUGCUUGACUUUUUUGUCAUGUCAUUCUGUGACUGCAUCCAACUCUUUCCUAGCAAAUUAAUUAAGAAAAGGGCAACGUUCCUCCAUACACUUCCUCAGAAGAUUAAAAUCGCCAUAGGACGAACCUGCAUCUCUGUCAAUCAAUGGGCUGAGUUUCACAUUUUGAGAGAAAUUGAAAAAAAAAAAAUUAUAUUUGUGAGCAUUUGUAUUCAUCUUGUAUUAUAAUAUUUUAUAUUGCGUGCCAACUGCUAAGGAGCUCUGUGUAGUUAUAGUUGGUUCUCUAUUGCCACCUAGUGGGCAUCUGGGGACUGACUCUUAAAUGGAACAAAUGUACCAGGAGACAAGAAAGAAGACAUUUUCCCUUAAUUUAUUCCAGUUUUUAUGUUGGCGCUUGAUCUUUUUUUUUUUCUUUAUUCUCUUUGUUACAUACUGUUAUAAAAUUAUGUAUUUAUUACUUAUGAAAGAGAACAAUUACUUUAUUUAAUUUGAGCAUUAAUUUGAGCAUUGUUAGAAGGCGUGUUUGAAUUUGGGGUUAUACAGUGCAUCUAUCUUGUUUGGAAAAAAAAGAUAUUUGGUGCACAGACUCAACCAAUUAUUAUUUUUUAUUUGUUAUUUUUUUUAUCAGCCAUAUCUGUAUCUUGCAUUGUGGGUAAGAACAAAAUUUAUCUUUGGUAUACUAGCAGUGUGUGUUUUGUAAUAAGAAGAUACAAUAUUUAAUCAAACUACCUGCCCAGUAUGUUUCCAUUCUGAUCUGUUAAAACCAAUAUAAUUUUACCUCAAGGUGUCUUGUUCAUAGUAUUUGGAGGGUAAAUAAUGAAUCUGGCCUUUAGAAACUAGUUUUGUUUAAACUGAUCUUGUCACCUCCUGUUACUUUCCAAAUAUCUUGUUUAAUUAACUUUGUUGUUCUCCAUAAGUAUAAAGUUUUGAUGUCUUGUCAAAUUCUGAAGCAUUGAAACACUGUCUGAACUGGUGCUGUGUAUAGUGAGAAAAGAAAUUGAGAUGCCACAGAGUGUGGGAAAAUUUGUACCUUUUUUACAUUGAAAUUGUAUUUGGCUACUCAUCUUUUUACAAAGAAUUGAAAAGAGUAUUUAUUUUUGUAAAAUGUCUUAAUCAACAGAGAAUUUUUGCAAUUAAUUUUACCAACAAUGUGUAUGAGUCACUAUUGAAAGAGGGUGACAGCCUCACAUUUUGUAAGAUAUAUGUGUGUGAUUUUUUUUUUUUUUUUUUUUUUUUUUUUUUUUUGAGGUAGUUUACUCUGGUUUUGCUUGGUGUGAAAGACCUCAGGUAAUUGUCAAGUUAGAGCUCAAGGUUUUGGAUUCCCUUUGAUGAAUGCCAAAUAUUGUAAUCGUAAAGUUCAGGUCUGUCUUGCUUUCAGUUAAAUGAGCUGUUUUAUCUAACCUGAUAUACCUGUAGUUCAAGUAAAAUUUCAAUAUAUGUCUGGUUACCUGUGGUAAUUAUCCCCAUGAAAGAAAUGGGGGGGGGGGGGGGGGGUUCUUCCAUUUUGUACAAUGUUCUCAUUAAAACAUUUCAGCAACUCAAGCUCACAUAUCCUAGAAAACGUUUCAGGCAAUAACGCACAUUCCAUUGGCUUCCAGGACUUUCAUGAUGGAUUUCAUUCACUUUGCAGCUAAAAUGACUUGCUGAGGUACAGGAAUAGCAGCUCAGGGCAUUUUCUAAUGGACAGAUUUCAUACUGAUUAUUAAGGGCUUAGAUUGAAAGGCUUCAAUCAACCCAAAGGUGGACACACACAUCAAAUCUCUUAAGUCGUUGUGAAAUACUUUUGAGUAUUCUAAUGUACUUUGAAGUUUGGACAUUUUUAACAUGCUUUUAAUGUAUGCCAUCGGCCAAGGUAUUCUAAAAUGAUUUAUUCCAGAUAUAAAUUUGGAAAACUAUCAGGCCAUUUAUGUAGCACCUGUUGUUUCCCAUAAUAACUGAUCCUAAUUUGUUAUGGUGCUAUUUGUUUGACUAGGAUUUGGGCCUAAGUACAUAUGAAUUGCAGUUGGAACAUUGUUGCUCACACCUUGAUUGUGGUGAGAUGUUUGUUUGAGGAAUUGGAGGAGCUUUUUCUUACAAAAAAUAGAAAAUGCUGCACUGCACUAACCAUGUCCUGCAUAGCUAUGUUACACUACACUGUUUUUUAUUGUUACUUUUCAUAUUUUAAACACAAAAUAUCAAAAUAUGCUUAAAAAAGUUGAAAAUAAAUUGCUGGCCUGCAGGCAGGGUUUGUACCAUGCAGUACUUGUACAGUAUUUAUUUGCCAUUCUUGGUUAUGUUUUCCAUUUUCUGGUCUUGCAAUCAAUUAUGUGUCUUUGUUUAUGGUGUGUCCUUUAUCAUUUUCAAUGCCCUAAACUGUUGAAAUUUUAUAUGGUCGUAUAAUUUUGUUGAAUAAUUUGUGACAUUGAAAUCCACAGCUAUGGCUCUUUGAAUUGGGAUUUUCAAUUGUACAAUGUGGCCUGUAUAUAUUAAAAGUUAUAUGAGUGACUAUGAUGUUUCUCUGUGUUUAGUUA